CAUUGACAUGCAAAAUAGCUAAGUGUCGGUCUUCAAUAUUUCACCCUGAUGAGUCUCAGUAGCUACAUUUACAAACAAAUAGUGGCUUAAACGAGGCCCCGAUCAAUGUAAGUUGAUAUUUAACUGUUUGCUGAGCAACUGCCAAUCUUUCACUCUCAGGAAUUCUGUCAUCCACAGUCACUGUGUCGCUCCUUUUUUGGACAAGGCAGCAUUUUUUUUUUCUAAUUUAAAUUUAAGGCAUAUUUCCAGAUGAUCUGGGUUCCUUUAAAAGAGAGAGUGAUUAAGUAAAGCGAACGCGUUUGAGACCUGCUGACAAUACAGCAAAUAAACUAAAUACAAAAGUUGCGUUGUAAGGACAUGGACCUUCGUCUGACACUCCUGUUGAUCUGUCUCUGCAACCAAGGAGUCACUAAUGGUGAGGUGGCAGAAGAUGAGUCAAUUCCUUUGGUGCCUCUCAUUCCUUUAAUGCCCAGCCACCCCAAAGAGAUACUAGAAAACAUAAGUACAGCACAACCAGAAACUGCAGAUACCACAGAAGCGCCUGUAAUUGCAACAACCAUAACUAGUAGGCCCAACGGGGGCUCAUCAGAGGAGGAGCAAGAUGCAGGCUGUCUUUCUAUCGGCCGAAGCCCACGGUCCAGGGAGGCCAUUGCUGCUGCCAUUCAGAAACUGGGUAUGCAGCUGCUACAGAACCUGGAGACAACGCCAGAGCAGCCAAAUGUCAUCAUAUCUCCCUUCAGCAUAGCAUUAGCGCUCUCCCAACUGGCUUUAGGUGCAGUAAACGAGACAAAGGAGCUGCUGAUGCAUCAUCUGCACGAGCACACUGUCCCCUGCUACCAUGAGUCUCUGCAUAAUGUCUUUGUGCAGCUCAGAAGUGACCUGCAAAUUGCCACACGGAUCUUCCUGCGCCAAGGGUUUGAACCAAAGCAAGACUUCAUCCAUGAAUCCCAACGGUUAUAUGACUCAGAGCCAGCAGUCUUGGAGAGCCUGCAGCAGAUAAACGACUGGGUAGAGAAAGCAACAAAUGGAAAGAUGACAGAAUUCUUGUCUGCUUUACCACCCAAUCUGCUCCUCAUGCUCAUUAAUGCUGUCCAUUUCAAAGGAGAAUGGAAAGCUCGAUUUGACGCGCGCUUUACCUCUAGAGGUGUGUUCUACCUUGACGACAAGCACAUGGUUGAUGUUGAAGUGAUGGAAGAUGCCAAACACCCCUUGAGUUUAUUUAUUGAUAAUGAACUGGAGGCUCAGGUAGCGAGCUUCCCAUUCCAGGCGUCCAUGAGCUUGUUGGUGGUGAUGCCUCUGUCCGGCCAGGUGAAUGUGUCUUCACUUUAUGCAAAGCUGAAUGUCUCAGACCUGUAUAAUCGUCUGCCCAAGGAGAGGGCGGUUCAAGUUAAAGUCCCCAAAUUCAAACUGGAGUAUGCUCAAGAGCUACAGGAUGUUUUUAUCAAAUUGGGCCUUGGAGAGAUGUUCUCCAGUCCCAACUUAGCUGAGAUGGCAGACGGCCCCCUGCUGGUGUCCAGUGUGAUGCACAAGUCCAGCAUGGAGAUAAAUGAGGAGGGUGCAGAGGCUGCUGCAGCCACCACUGUGGUCAUCUCACGGGCGUCCAACCCUGUUUUCCACCUUAGCCAACCGUUCUUCUUUGCCCUUAUGGACGAUAUGACUCAAGUGCCGAUCUUCUUGGGUGUCAUCAACAACCCAAAUCCUGGAGCUCCUAUCUUGCAGAGAGGAGAACCCGGAAACAAAGAUAAAGUGGGAUUCCCAAUUGAUAAGAAUAAUGUUGGCUCAUUUGGAGGCCCACCUAAAUAGGGACUACUUCCCGCACAGCUGUCCCAGGGAAAACCCAGACCAAGACCUCUAUGAUUGUACAGAUUAAAUGUACAUUAUCACUUAGCUGGAUCAAAAUGUGCGUGAAAACAAAUGUUUCAUUUGCUCCUUUGUUUCAUUGUAGAAUAAACAUACUGAGGAGCCUAGUAUCCAUUGUAAAAAAUAUAUUUACAGUUUUGCUGCAUUAGAUCCUGGUCAAGUAACUCUUAAUAUUACAAUUAGAUUCAAGAAAUGGUUUAUACCCAUAGUUAAAGUUCUCUUCAUUUUCGAGUUAAUUGAUUACACUAAAUUUCCGACAUGUCAAAAUGUAGGGCCAUUGUCACAGCAUUACUGCAUCAUUUUGUAUGUAGUUGAAAUUUUAACAAUGUUAUCCAAUAGGAAAAUAAACUGAAUUGAUUUGAAGUAGAA